AUGCGUCUCCUCUUCUUUAUCAACGCGCUCCUGCUUGCCUCUUUGUGCCAGGCCUUGCCUGUGGCUCCGGCUCCUUCCACCAACGCCGAGGCCUUCCGCCUGGGCCUCCCCCUCCCCCGUCCCCGUUCAGUUCUUCGUUGCCCACCUGGUGGAUGUGACCAAGAGACUCUGAGCCGCCACAACAACCAGAGGAAGCGCGCCGCCGCCGCCGUGUCGCCCACGACAACCACCUCGUCCCCGGCCGAGACUUCCUCGGCCAGUGUCUGUGCCUACGGCGAGAACCUCCAAAAGUACACGCCGGGCAUUGCUGGCAUCCUCGCUCCCCCCGUCUGCCAGAUCGGAAACUACUGGUACCAGAGCGGCCAGCAGUACAACUUCCCCAUCGACGCCAUCAACCAGUCGUGCUACGUCCAGAUGGACAAGUGCCAGCUGGCCGCCAACCAAGGAGGCAACGUCGAGCCCCUGACCGUGGCCAACUGCAACGGCUGGCAGAUCCAGGCAUGUCUUGCGCAGGCCCAGCAGACGGUCGCCUCGUUGUAG